AUGGAUGCUCUAGUUCUCGUGUUUCCAACCCUACCCAGAUUCUUUGCUGGGUUCAUCUCCAUGUAUUUUUUAGGUUAUUUUGUGUUUUUUCGAAACUGGGAACUGAAACAUCGAAAAGAAGCUUCAAGCUGCCUCAUGUCCCUAGCUCAUGGCAGUCCUGCGGUUAUUAUGGCUGUCCGUGCACUACUACACAGCCAGACCUUAGGUACCUUUGCUAAUCCCAACUCUGCUUUAGAAAACACAGUCCUUGAUUUCAGUAUGGCUUACUUCUUGGCAGACCUUCUUCACUACAUGGUAUUCUUCCCUGAUGAAACUCUCUUCAUACUUCACCAUUUAGCAACAUUAUAUGUGUUUGUCACUUGUCGUUAUAUGAUCCAUUAUGGAGCACACGGACUUCUUCUGCUACUCAUACUUGCCGAGGUUACAAGUGCUUGCCAGAAUGUCUGGAGCAUUGCCGGUAGCCGGAAAGCUGAUGUUCCUGCCGCUGCAAGAUUGCAUGAAUUUUUGGCGGUUCCGUUCUAUGCCCUCUACUCUCUCGUUAGAGGUAUUCUCGGUCCUGUCUGUUUGUUUAAGAUGGGGGUGUUUUAUCUGAAUGGAGGAGCUCACGGUUUGAUUCCUGCAUGGGCUUGGAUUUCUUGGAUGGUUGUGAUUGGAAGUGCAAUAUUGGUUAGCAUAUUGUGGGUUUCAAAUCUCUGGGCAGAAUGGAUUAGAGAGAGAAGCCAUCGAGCACAGAAGAAAGUUGGGUAGAGUUCGGGGGUUCUCUCGAGGGUUGCUGUAUUAUUUAAAUUGGCUUUCGCAAUUGUGGGUUUAACAUGUGUCAUGAUGCCCUGCCCUGUAAUUUGGGGGUUUGUAAUUAUACUGAUAGGUGGGCUAGGAGAAGAUAGAACAUUUAUCUAAUCAAUGAAAUUGUUUAGCAGAGAUCAAGUGAUUUCUAGCA